AUGGCAGUGCCCUGGGAGAAAUACUUCCGACUGGCCUUGCAAAAGAAACUGUCUACGAAGAUCCAGGGGCAGAAUGUGGACCACGUCCCACCGCCACUGCUGCGUCUCUUGGAGAAGAGGCAGGAACUGGUGGAUGCGGACCAGGGCCUUCAGGCCCAGAAGGAGGUGUUCCAGACUAUGCAGACAUCCCUGAAACAGCGGUGGGAACAAUUGGAACAGAAAGAGCAGGAGUUAAAGGGGUCCUUUGUCCGCUUUGAAAAAUUUUUGCAGGAUGCGGAGGCCCGGCGCAGCCGCGCACUGCGGAGGGCGGCGGAGGAGCGGCAACUGGCGAGCCGCCGGGAGGCGGAGGCGCUGCGACUUCGGGCUCAGCUGGAGGAGCUGCAGCGGGAGCGCGCGCGGCUGCAGCGCCUGCUUUGGCGCCUCGAGCCUUGCGCGCGCCUGCUGGGGCAAGUACUGGAGCAGCUGCCCGAGUUCCAAGAGGUCCCCGAGCUGGUGGCGCGCUUCGACGGCCUGGCCGACACGCAGGCGGCGCUGAGGCUCACGGAGCGCCAGCGGCUCGCGGAGCUGGAGGAGGCGCGCGCGCGGCUGCGGCGGCUGCGGGACACCUGGCAGGACGACCUGCUGCGGCAGGGCCAGCGGCGAGCGCAACUGCUGGAGCAACUGGAGGCGGCGCGGGAGCGCACGCUGCACUGGGUACCGCCGCCGGGAGGAGGGGGCGGUGUUCUCCAGGAAUCCAAGUGUAUUCAGAUCCAGAACACCGCGGCUGAGAAGACCCUGCUCCUGGGACACACCAGGAUGGCCGCACUCAACCUGUUCCAGCUAGUGUGCCAGCACCAGAGGCGGCCACCUGCCCUGGACAUCGAGGACACCGAGGGGCAGCUGGAGCAGGUGAAGCUCUUCAUCCUGGACCUCUCUGCCAUGCUGGCCGGCCUCCAUCAGGCCAAGCCCGCCGUCCGCGCCUCCUGA